AUGAACUCGACGGAUGCAGCUGAAGCGGGAGGUUUGCGGCAAAGACAAGGUCAGCGCUCAAGGCAAGCGCCCCCACCAGUGACCACGAGAGAUUUCCAAACCAUCAAAGAGAUAUGCGCUCAACUACAAAAUAUUUCAACGCAAUCUCAAAAGGAGACAAAAUUAAAAGGCCUCCAUGACUUGGAUACCUUAAAGCGAAUGACGGAGAGGUCCAAGCAGGAAGACGAGAUGGCCCUAAUAGCGAUGGAGGCGGUGGUGUCCAUUGUCAAUUUCAGUACUCGUAAACAAAUAUUGCGAUCGCGACUGAUGAAGAAAAUGACGGAUGAAAAGGAAUUGUCGUCCGCGUUACAGCAGCACCGAGAUGAGUUUACACAAUUUAUCUGGAAUCGGAGGAUGACUUCACGAAAAGAGAUGCGGCAGCUAUUUCAAACUGGGCCAGCUGUCGUUUGUCGUUUCGGCGAUGUCAUCGCCGAAUCCACCCUGGAAGCAUUGCAGUCAUUUGAGCGAUUCAACUGGGUUCGCCUAUGUAAGGACAAAAUUGCCGGAGAAGUUUGCAACGACGAUGAUAUACCUUCGUACUUUCUCAGACAGAUGUUUCUCGCCGCACCGAUUGUCCCGACGGCAGUAAUUGUACAUCCAAAUCGUCUCGAACUCCAUCUCUCCCGAUUGACCUCUUCAGAAGCCGGUGUCCGACGUCAGCCUGCUGACGAACUGCGAGCUGACUGGGGUUGCGUCUAUGCCACUGCCGGAGUUUGGAAGGUACGACUCAUGGCUCGCCCGACGGCUCGCGAGAUGGUGAAACAAACGCAGGACCAGAUUCUCACCUACCGCGGUCAAAGUGAAAAGUAUUCUUUUGUGCAGCUACUGGCUCGACUCGUUGAUGCUGUUCAUCCAUCACAUCAGCUGCCAGCAGCAGUCCUGGCAUAUCCGCUCUAUGGUGUAAGCGUCCUGAAAAGACGGCUAGCUGCGUUGGGAUAUGAUGUUGGCGUAGGAGGAGAGGACUCGAGCAUUUUGGACACGAGAACAGCUUUGAGUUACAUUGCGCAGAUCAAUUAUCGCUUGCAGCGCGAGCAUAGAUUUUAUUUUGAGUUUUCCACCCCGGACAAGACUGCAUGGAGAGUAGGGUUGUCCAUGGCAAGGCGUAUCCAGGCGAGUGCCCAUGCACGAUAUCCUGGGCAAGACGAAUACAGCUUUGGCUUUUCUUCGACCGGCCAUAUCUUCUACAAGGAUGAAGAAUACCCGUACGCAGAAAUUCAAGAAGAUCCACUGUUCUUUAUGGGAUUCCGAACCUGGGGCGUAUUGGUUGAUCUCUACGAUGGGCACAUUAAUCUUGUUAUGGACGGGAAGGUCCAACCGCCGGCCUUUGGGAUCGGAGCAGCGGCAUUUGACAAGGCGGAACAGACACGCCAGAGAUCGCUUAUCUGGUCGUCUGAACUGGUGCCGACCUUUGCGUUAAAAGUCAACGACACCGAGCUCCAGUACACAGAACGACCGCAGAUUCGCGUCAACUUUGGCGAUCGUCCCUUUUCGUACGAUGUCAACGCACAGCCUUGCAACGAGAAUUUGCGUCACCAACAGCCGAAAGCGUUGGACGCAGUCAGUAUUUUGGACAGCGUUGGUCCUGAGCGAGAAGGGCUCAAUCAGGAUGAGGAAGAAAAAUUGCAUCUGGCACUGGAAAAGAACAUCUUCCGAGCCACCCUGGCCGUGGAGGGGCAGCGAAGCUUCUCACAGUUCCCACCGUCCAUCUACCGACGUUCGCUAGCAUGCACCAAAAUCCAACGAGCGUGGAGACGACACCGCGGUCGUAUAAUGCGAGCAAAGAUUCGGGAGGAGCAGUACAUUGCAGCAACACUCAUACAGAUGAUGGCGAGAAAAAAGUUGAAGAGACUACGCGCCUUAAAGAACGAAGCAGCAGCCAAGAUCCAAAAGAAUUGGCGCCGACGAAAGUUUAUUUGGACAGCAUUGUUGCGCUGUAUCUACCAGCAACCUAUCCCAGAACUUCACCGAUCAGCAACGGUUAUUCAGCGCAAGUGGCGCAACUGGCACAUGUUCAAAAACUCACCCAUCGCAACCAAAUACAAUGCCAGGAUCGAAGAUCUCAAUCGGGCGGUCAAUACCAUUAUUCAUUGGUGGCGACCUCUACACAAGAAAAUGUCCGAGAUACGCAGAUUACGGGAGAAACAUCACGCAGCGACAACCAUUCAAAGAGUCUAUCGCGGAUACUUUUUGCGUCAGCUCUUGCGACCAGAUCUUCGGCAGCGUUUGCGUGCUCUCGGAGAAUCUGUUGCCCGUCAUCGAGCGGAAUUACUUCGCAUUCGUGGUGCCUAUAUUCUGCAAAGUGCCUGGAGAAAUUAUCUUCACAGGCGGGUUCGCGCGGAAAAGGUGCGAACAAGACAUCGUGCCGCGGCCAGAAUCCAAGCUCUGUGGAAAGGCUACUGGGUUCGAUCACAUAUCCACUUGCGCUUCACCUACGGCGAGGCAGUCUUUCUCACAGCAGUUUGCAGAUCUCUGCGUUUCUGCCAUUUUAUUCUCAAGAUGUACAAGCCGUGUGGCAUUGUAUGCCCGCGACGGGAAGUCAGUUAUACCCGAGAUGGUCAAAAAAUCAUUCGUUCUUAAGAAUUUGUGUACAAAUAAACAAAAGAGUGCAUGGAAGGCGA